CAACCCGGGAACCUAUCAAGUGGUCGAAAAAUGGACACCGCAAUUCAUUUCAAACAUGCCAAUUUUCGCAAACUUUGAGCGUUUUUGAAAUCAAUUAUGUUUGCUUCUUUCAAAAUUACAUUUGCUUCUAAUCUCUAUUGAAUUUUGAUUUCUUUAUUGCCGAGGAUCUAAAAGUUGGCAAUUCAUCAUUCUUGCGGCCCAAAACAAAAUUCAGCAGAAACAACAGAAAAGAAGAUAAUACGUGUUUUUAUCUUUCAAACAUUUGGAGAAAAGACAGAGGUUUUUUAUUCAUAUUUCAAGCACUUUUGACUGGCUAUUUUGUCUACUCUUAGAAAUGGUAUGUUUACGGAGUAUUCAAUGAACCGACUAUUUUAUUACCAGCGGUGCAAAACAAAACCAAUGAUAGAAAAAACACUUACUUAGCUGCUCAACGGUGAAUAUUUUGACGUUUUGAGCCGUAAACUUCACUUCAUAAAUCAAUUUGAAAACCAAUUAUCUCUUUGUAUUUAAACUAUUCACUAUCUACAUUACGGCUCAUAUUUGAUAUUUUGAUUGAAACUUUUCAAAACAGUAUGUUAUUUUGAUUAAGACUUUUCAAAAAUUGUAAAAAAAAAUUGCUUUAUUUUUUGGUAAUUGAAACGAGUGGAGAUACGAGUCUCAAGAUUAGAAAUGAAAAUAUUUUUAUUGAUGACCUUUUACUACCAGCUAUCGUGUGUGCAUACGAAAUCAAGGUCGACAUCAUCAGCUCGAUAUACAUUCCCGAGUCGUGUUCGGAGCACAUCCGACGACAAGAUGAGACAUCUUUCGGAUAUGCACCGACUUGUGUCGGAUCUUAUGACUCAUUACGACCCGAGUGUUGUUCCGACGAGUGACAAGAACGGAGUUGUGAACAUUAAACACUUGUUGAUUCUCAACAGCAUCGUCCAACUCGAUUCCAAGGGUCAGAAGCUGUCGGUGUCGGUGUCUGAGGUGUGGCAGUGGGAGGACUUCUACCUCUCCUGGGACCCCUCCCUCUACAACAACAUCACUGAAACUUCCCUGAUGCGACCACUAGUCUGGAUCCCAGAUCUAGUCAUACUUAAUCAGGUCUACGUCGGAUCCUCCCAGUCCAACAACAUCAAAGCCAACAUCAUCCCUGCCAAUGUAAACUACAAGGGAGAAGUUCGUCUUGAAACUCCUUCAGUGGUGGACACCAUCUGUGAAAUAGACAUUGGGGAGUUCCCGUUCGACACUCAGGAGUGUGACAUCGUGUUCGGGUCGUGGAGUCAGGGCGUGAACAAGGUGUCCCUGCAGAGUCUCAUGGACCAGAUAGAUCUGAGUCACUACGUGGAAGACGCCGAGUGGACUCUAAUGUCCACAAAUGUGGAAUCAGUCAAUGAGUCUUUGCAGAUGGAGUCAAUCAGGUUCAGAUUCUCCCGUCUGAAUUACCGGAUGACCUUGAGACGCAGAAUGGCCUUCUAUUCGUGGAACAUUGUGGUGCCAGCCAUACUUGUGAACACGAUGUCUGUUCUCGUGUUUCUGCUGCCGCCCGAAAACGGGGAGAAGGUGUCGCUGGGAGUCACCAUCCUCCUCGCACUCUCCGUCAACAUGAUGGUGAUCCGGGACUAUGUUCCCGCCAACAGUCUCCAAACUCCGGUGCUGAGUGCCUACACUCUUGUGUGCAUGAUAGCCACAACGCUCACUCUCAUCCUCUCACUUCCGGUUGUUCACGUCAAGUCAAUGGGAACAAAACUGCAGACGCCGCCAAGUGACAAGCUUCUCUCCAUCUGCACCAGACUUAGCUGGUGGUUCUGCAUGAACAAAUCAGGCGACUUGAAGUUCCGACAGAUGAAGGCCGUGAUCAAACGCCACAAGCUCUUUUUGGACGAGUUGCUUCAUUCCUUCGGUGGUUCUAAACAGAAGUCGUAUCUAAACGAGGAUAUUUUGAGUCCGGAGUUCUCUGAGGUACAACAUGGUCGCAAGUUGAGCCUCAUAUGCAACAAGGCAUGCUACCAAAUUGGUAUCGACAGCUCCAAUUGUCCGCUGCUAUCAGAAACUGAAACAAAUUUCUAUACCAAUCCGCUUUUUUCCAAUGGUCAUCUCUGUUCACAGCUUCAAGACAAAGAACAAACAUUCGAUCAAUCGCAACAGUCGGCUUCAAGCGUCAAUACCAUAUCAUGCUUCUACAAGAGCAUUGCGCAGAAUUUAGAGACUGUGCUGAAAACAGUGACGAUUAGCCGACAGCGACUUAAACUACUGAAGUUAAACGCGAACUUGAUUUAUCUGAAGUGGAUUAGUGUAGUGAUGGUUUUUGACCGAUGUCUGGCUCUUAUUUAUGCUGCUAUUAAUAUCGGCUACUUGAUUUAUUUUGCGCCAUAUUAUUUGUCUCGAUCCGAAAGGUGGUUCUGAUAGUCGAAAAAUAGAUUUUUUAUUAUUAGU